CGAACUACCCGUCAGAGAGCAUUGCAGCGGCGUCAGAUAUGUGUGCGCUUGCAAUUGCGGCAGGAUUCAAGGCUCGAGGGAAGAUCCAUUUAGUCUGAAACAGGCGAAUUACGACUAUUUCCAGAUGUUGGCGAAACAAUGCGGUUGCGCGCAAUUGGAACUCGUGCAGUUCCCCGUGUUUCAACCCAGCACACAUAACUACAGAGCAGCACAAUUAUUUCCAGCAACGAAACGUCACGAUUCCUUCAGCCGCAACGGAUCCUCUACGCCACAAGACACGCAAGCUUGCAGUUUAGGUGCCGAUACCUUGAAUGGCAA